AUGGCGGAGCCGAUCGACUACAUCUCCCUCCCCUUUAGAGUCACUGUUGUUGACGGCCGUGUAUUGGAGGGAAGGCUGCUUGCCAUAGACGACGAAUCCAAUCUACUGGUUACCGAUGUUAAGGAGCACACUGGAGAAGAGACCCGGGAUCUCGGAUUGGUGAGUGUGCCUAGAAAGACAAUAGUGAAGCUGGAAGUUGAGGAAAAAGAGUACGGUGACAUGCUACGGUGGAAGCAAGCACAAACGUUGAGGUCGCUGAAAGUGAGUGAUUGA